GGGUAGAGGAAGAAGAAGAAGCGCGCUACGCUGGUGUUUACGUUCUCCUACUUCCGUAGCUAUCCAAAGCGAAAAAAAAAAAAAGCGUCACUCAUCUACAGUUUAAUCCAAUAAUUUGAGAAGAAACACUCGGUCAUGUUUCACUUUUCUAACAUAAGCAUAAGAGAUGAUUGGCAGAUAAAUAUCAGUAAGGUCGUUUGCUGUCCACUGUAGGCGCUGUGUCGUGAGUUUUCCUCACCCAGUCACCAUCGCAGGCGAAGCUAAAGCUAAAGCUGGCGGUGUGUUAGCUGCGGGUCAGUGGCAGUGGACAUAAUUUGAUAAAUCGUUGCCUGAUCCGCAUUUAGUCCAGCGCUAAUUUAGAUCUCUAACAAGGCAGUCAUGGCCACUAGGCGACUGACCGAUGCCUUCUUGUUAAUGCGGAACAAUGCAAUCCAAAACCGGCAGAUAUUGGCUGAGCAAGUGAGUACAUACGACCCCCGUCUGAGUACACGUAGCAAUGCUGCGGAGCUUGAUGAGUUGGCUGAUGAUCGGAUGGCCCUGGUGUCAGGGAUCAGUCUGGAUCCUGAAGCUGCCAUUGGAGUCACCAAGAAACUGCCCCCAAAAUGGAUAGAGGGGGUGGAUGAGAUCCAAUAUGAAAUCACACGGGUUCGGCAGAAGAUGAAGGAGCUGGCGAUACUUCAUGACAAGCACAUGAAUCGUCCUACGCUUGAUGACAGUAGUGAAGAGGAGCAUGCAAUAGAAAUAACUACUCAGGAGAUCACACAGAUGUUUCAUCGAUGCCAGAGAGCUGUGACGGGUCUGCAGUCUCGUUGUGGUCACUGCACCGAGCAGGAGGAGAGGCUUUUGAGAAACGUGGUCUCAUCUCUAGCCCAAAGUCUGCAGGAGCUGUCCACUAAUUUCAGAUACACACAGUCCGGUUACCUAAAACGUAUGAAGAAUCGUGAAGAGAGAUCAAAGCACUUUUUUGACUCUGGGCCCCUUAUGGAAGAAGAUGAAGAUUUAGCUAUAUAUGACAAGGGCUUCACAGAUGAUCAGCUGAUGCUGGUCGAGGAGAACUCGGUUAUGGUUGAAGAAAGAGAGAAGGAGAUCCGACAAAUAGUGCAGUCUAUCUCGGAUCUGAAUGAGAUUUUCCGAGACUUGGCCACCAUGGUGGUGGAGCAGGGCACCGUUCUUGACAGAAUUGACUUCAAUGUGGAGCAGGCUUGUGUUAAAACAGAAGAUGGACUUAAACAGUUACAAAAGGCGGAACAGUAUCAGAAGAAAAACAGAAAGAUGCUGGUCAUUUUGAUUCUCUUUGUCAUAGUCAUUGUUCUAAUUAUUAUUCUUUUUGGAACAAAGUUUUAAUGAUGCAUUCCUCUGGCUUUUGUUUGUCUGUGUGGG